AUGCAGAUAAGGUCGCUGCAUCUUUGCCGUCUUGGACUCCGGAGCGGCCGAUUUUUUCCUUACUCUGCAUCAAUCAAUCGGUCAUUCUCUGCUCUUGUCGACUCGAAAUGGGUUUGCAAUGCACAAGCCUCGAAUGAUCCACAGUUGCUGCUUUUGGACUGUAAUCAUCCAGUCUCGUUCCCUCGUGGCCAUAUUCCCAAUGCUGUCCCCUUGACGUUAACUUCGUCUCUACUCAAGGAUCCGACACCUCAAGCGACGGGUGUUAUAAGUCCCCAGCUGUUUCUGGACGUGAUGCAGAUGCUGCAGGUGCCCAAAGACGUGACGCUCGUCUUCUACGACGAUGAAAUGAGUCUUCGAGCUACGAGGAUGUGGUGGGUCUUUCGUCAUUAUGGAUUCCCACUGGAGCAACUUAAAAUAUUGGACGGAGGCCUCAAGCAGUGGCUUGCUGAUGAUAACGAGAUGGAGACAGGGGAAGUAGCAGACAGAGAGAUUACGAGAGAUUUGUGGAUGCAGCCUGUGACGACGCAGAAACUUGUGGGGUUUAACAUGGUGCAAAAAGGACUUGCCGAUGCAGUCACGCAAUUUGUCGAUACACGGUCUCCUAGUGAAUUUUGGGGAGAAGACGCCCGUGGUAAUGCACGGACUGGACAUAUUCCAGGUGCUGUGAAUUUUAAUUGGGUCGAAGGAGUGGAUUUCCGUCAAAAUGGAAAGUUUAAGAGCAGGGAAGAGCUGGAGAAGGUGUUUGUGGACAUCUUCCACCUAAACAAAGAGAAGCCCGUGAUCACUUAUUGUCAGACUGGAAUCCGCGCUGCUCACACGGCGUUUGCGUUGGAGCAGGUGAUGGGGUUUAAGGAUGUCAAGAUUUAUGAAGAUUCCAUGCUGCAGUACCUUAACAGGGACGACUCGGAAGUUACGAAGCAGUAG